UGCUGUCAAUAGUAGGCACAAGCUGAACGGAGUCCUCUAUCUCUCCCCCGGCCCCCUCAUCCUUCCGUUACUGCUGUCGCCACCCCCAAUUGUCCCCUACAAUCCUUUCUCCUCACUGGCUCCUCCUCUUGCCAUUUUCAUUGCAGCAGAAAAAGGGCCGUAGGGGUGAGGAGGAGGGAACGACAGCAACUGUGAGGAGAAGCUGGAGGGCGUGAGGCGGUAGUGGAAACAGAAUAAAAUACUUGCAUCUAAGGUGGCAAAAUGUUUCCAUUCCAUCAUGUGCUCCGAAUGGCCAUGACUCACUAUUCAAACGGGAUGUAAUGAACUUACGAGAUCGUUUCCCACCUAAAUAGGCCCUUGUUGCUCUGAAGUUUUUCUCCCAUGGUCAAGUAUGAUUCCUCUGAAGUGCUUAUGUAAGAUGGAGAGAACGGAUGAGGAGCAAGACAGAGAAUUACCCCUAGUACGUGAAACCAAGCAGGAAGGAAAACAUUAUUGCCGAAGAAUUUUCAUCCUUGGGCCUUCCCAUCAUGUGCCCCUCUCUCGAUGUGCACUUUCCAGUGUGGAUAUAUAUAGAACACCUCUGUAUGACCUUCGUAUUGAUCAAAAGAUAUAUGGAGAAUUAUGGAAGACGGGAAUGUUUGAGCGUAUGUCUCUCCAGACAGAUGAAGAUGAACACAGUAUUGAAAUGCAUUUGCCUUAUACUGCUAAAGCCAUGGAAAGCCAUAAGGAUGAGUUUACCAUUAUUCCUGUGUUGGUGGGAGCUCUGAGCGAAUCAAAAGAACAGGAGUUUGGAAAACUCUUCAGUAAAUACCUAGCAGAUCCUAGUAACCUUUUUGUGAUUUCUUCUGAUUUCUGUCACUGGGGUCAAAGGUUCCGUUACAGUUACUAUGAUGAAUCCCAGGGGGAGAUUUAUAGAUCCAUUGAGCACCUAGAUAAAAUGGGCAUGAGUAUUAUAGAACAGCUAGAUCCAGUAUCUUUUAGUAAUUACUUGAAGAAAUACCAUAAUACAAUAUGUGGAAGACAUCCAAUUGGGGUGUUACUAAAUGCCAUCACCGAACUCCAGAAGAACGGAGUGAAUAUGAGCUUCUCCUUUUUGAAUUACGCCCAGUCGAGCCAGUGUAGAAACUGGCAAGACAGUUCAGUGAGUUAUGCCGCCGGAGCACUCACGGUCCACUGAACGUCGGAACGACUACUCAGGGAGUCACCUGCCCACACAUACAUGCUUUCUCUAUGGGGUCCCGCUUAGCCCUGACAAAGAUACUGUUCCUGGUCUUUGGGUGGACUGAAACCUCAAAACUAAUAGAACUCUUUUUCCUCUUCUUUUCUAGUAGGUGUAGUCCUUAAUCUCCACUCAUUAUAAAAUGCUUUCUUGUUUAGGGCAAUGGAAGGAAGGCUGGCAUCAGAGUAUUUUGCGAUUUAAAGAGGUGGAAGUGGGUGUCAGAGGCGUGGUGUCAGACUGUCCUUCGAAUGCAACAUGUAAAGCAUUUACCAUAUCCUCAAUUUGCACUCUUUGCAGACCUGUGCACAUGUACUCAGCUUUCAGAAUAGUUUUGCAAACUGUAAACGACGAAAGGCGGGGUGGAAGCUUUUUAAUAAAAAAGAGAUUGCAUUUAUAAACGAUCCUGUAUUAGAAUAUAAUAAAUCUCCAGUAUAGUCGAUUACUACCCGUGUUGUACAACAAAUACCUUCUAUUUUAGUUGCUAAUAAAGGGCUACACAACUCAAAA